AUGGACGUUUAUGUGCCCCCGAGGGAGCCUGUUAAUGACCCCAAUGCCGACGAUGAGUUCGUCCUCGCCGGCACCGAGUUGGAUCCGCCUUUAGCUGACAGCGCCCGGCGCCACUGGCUCAUUAUACUAGUUCUCAUAUACCUGGCAUUUCAAAUAGGGGGGCAAAUGAUCCCGGGCCCAAUGGUGCGGAUUAUUGAAUCCAUUGUGUGUGAACGCUACUGGCGCCUGCAUGAUCCAAAUCAAAUCACCACUUCAGGACGUGUGCCGGAACAAUUGUGUAAGAUUUCAGAGAUACAAACGGAGGUCACGACUGUCAAGGGGUAUUCUGAUUUCCUUGAGGGGCUUCUAAGCGCCCUCUGCGCGAUUCCAUAUGGACUGCUGGCUGAUAGAUACGGUCGCCGACAAGGCAUACGUCUCACCAUUCCCGGAUUCUUCCUUAACGCAGUUAUCACCAAUUCUGUACUGUGGUUUUCUGAUCUCUUCCCUCCUCGCGCCAUAUGGCUGGCAGCGCUGAGCUGGGUAAUUGGCGGAGGGCCAACGGUGGCAGUGGUAGCCAUAUGGACAAUGAUCGCAGAUCUGACUACCAGUUCAAACCGUACCACAGUGUUUUUCCGGGUCGGGGUUGCCAGUAUGACUGCUGACUUUAUCGCAAGAGUCAUUGGCUCUGGCCUCAUGACGCUGAAUCCUUGGAUAUCGUUGUUUCUCGGUUGUGGUAUCGUCGUGAUUGGACUAGCAUUUGCGCUCUCACUGCCAGAAACCAUGAACAUCCGGUACAGAACUUCCUUGGGAGUGGCAGACACAGCAGCAUUGGAUGAACUUUAUCCCAUUUUGGAUAGAGAGUCAAUUGAUAUAUCCGAGCCUUCAUCUAUCGCGGCAAAGGCGCGAGCGAUAAUCAGUCCCUAUGGGUUUCUCUUACAUCACACCUUACUGAUGGCCUUGUUGGCAUGCACAACGUCUCAAUUCGCCAAUGGCUCAGCAUGGCUCCUGGCGCAAUAUAUAUCAACGCAACUUGGCUGGUCUCUAGCCGGAAGCAAUCUUCUUGUAUCUUCGCAAGCCGCGAUUAGCAUCGCUGUAUUCCUCCUUCUCCUCCCUUGCCUCUCAAAAGUGUUAGUCUUUCUAUCUGCGCCUCGGAAGGACCUUUACCUUGCGCGUACAAGCAAUGCAUGUCUCAUACUGGGAACACUGGGGAUCAGUCUGUCGUCGCACAUCUCUAUUCUGGUUCCAAGCUUAGUGUUGCAAGCAGCAGGUGCAGGGUUCCCGUAUAUAACAAGAUCUCUGGUUACUGCACUAGUGAAGAAAGAAGAGACAGCAAGAUUAUAUUCCGUUGUGGAGCUACUGCAAUCGAUGGCAACUACGCUAUCCAGCCUGUGUUUCACGGGCUUGUUUACGGUUGCGCUGCGGUUGGGUGGAGUAUGGGUUGGGCUGGCGUGGCUGAUAGCAGGGUCCUUGUUCGCCAUGGUGGGAGUAUUGCUAUGGGCGAUUCGGUUGUCAUAG